CCCAACGCAUGAGCAACAUCUCGCUGUCCUCCGGCACGGACUCCGUGGGCCACAUGGAUCGCGGCAGCAGCUCCAGUCUCGCUAGCAGCGCCACCGUUGGCACCAACACCAUCACCAGCGGCAUUUCCAAGGAGUGCGCCAAUUACCCCGUCGGCAGUCAGUCGGCCCGUCCAUACGUCCAACUGCCGGGCAUACACAUUUCCAACCCUCCGCAGUACGGGCCAGGGAAUAUGCAGGAAAAAGACGCUGGCAAAAUGGUGCACAACGGCAAGGCACUCACAGGGCGCUACAAUGCCACGCCCACCAAUGGCUUCGACAACGAGCAGAACUACUGCCUGAAUUCCCAACAGUUGCCGUCUCCAAUGCCCCCUCCACCAUACGCCUUGGCACGCGUGAGCAGCACACGCAACUUCGAGCUCGAGAACCACACACCGCCAGCAUGUCCCGGCUCUGGACCCAUUGCCAUGACGAACGGCACCAUCCAGUUGCGCCUCCGCGAUGCCGUGCGAAUUGACAUGACUCUGGACAAGGCGGUGCGCGUGCUCAAUCAGCGCAGCAAUCAGUUGCUCUAUCACGCAACUGCAGCAACUCGGCUUUGAUCCACCCCAAUGGAC